AUGGCGCCGACUCCCAAUGAUUCAGAGGAAUCAGGCGUUCUUCGGCCUCGAGUGAUGCGCGGUGCAAUUGAUCCGUUUAUAGACCGACCGCAUUUGGCCCUGGAUAGGACGCCAUCAAGUCUUUCAAGUGGUCGCUCAACCCCGGUAGCAGAGGAUGCACCUCCUUCCGUUCAUUCAAUAUCGAAUGUUCGGAAGCAGGUACGUGCUCAGGUGAAGCAGCGGAUGUUCUACAAUAUCGAUUAUCAGCCGCGACUAUCACAUUUCGAUCCCAAUAGUGACCACCGAGACUUUCAUGGCUUUUUCGUACUAUUUUGGAUUAGCUUGGUGAUUAUGGUGAUCACCACCGUACUGAGAAACAUCAAAGAUACUGGAUACCCACUAAGAGUCCAUGUUUGGUCUCUCCUAUCAGCGAACGUGAUCGAACUUGCGUUCGUCGACCUGGCCAUGGUGGCCAGUACCGCGGUGACAGUGCCGCUCCACAAAGCAAUCCGGCGCAGCAAGGGUUUGCUUAGGUGGGGAAAGGGAGGCAUGAUUGUGCAGAGCUUAUAUCAAUUUGCGUGGCUUUCGUUCUGGGUCAUGUAG